AUGGAAUUGACAUCAAUGUUUUGCAUAUGCGCUCUCAUUCUCUCCCUCUUUCUCCUCCACUGUCUGCUUAAACUCUUCGCCUCCGGCCACCGGAAACUGCCUCUUCCACCUGGCUCAAUGGGCUGGCCAUACAUUGGCGAAACCUUUCAACUCUACUCACAAAACCCAAAUGUCUUCUUUGCCUUCAAAGUGAAAAAGUUUGGUUCUAUAUUCAAAACUCACAUAUUGGGCUGUCCUUGUGUGAUGAUUUCGAGCCCGGAGGCUGCAAAACUAGUGCUUGUGACAAAGACUAAUCUGUUCAAACCUACAUUUCCGGCUAGUAAAGAGAGGAUGUUGGGCAAACAAGCAAUUUUCUUUCACCAAGGAGAGUAUCACACCAAGUUGAGGAAGCUAGUCCUGCGAGCAUUCAUGCCAGAAGGAAUCAAAAACAUCGUGUCUGAUAUCGAAUCAAUUGCUAUGAACUCUUUGCAAUCAUGGGAGGGACGGUUGAUCACCACUUACCAAGAAAUGAAGACAUACACAUUCAAUGUUGCAUUACUUUCCAUAUUUGGAAAGGAUGAAGUGCACUACAGAGAAGAUCUCAAGAGGUGCUACUACAUUCUCGAGAAGGGGUACAAUUCAAUGCCCAUUAACCUUCCUGGGACACUCUUCAACAAGUCCAUGAAAGCAAGAAAGGAGCUAGCUCAAAUCUUGGCCAAAAUCAUCUCACUUAGGAGGGAAAAGAAACACGAUCACAAUGAUUUGCUUGGAGCUUUCAUGGGUGGCAAAGGACUAACAGACGAGCAAAUUGCCGAUAACAUCAUCGGUGUCAUCUUCGCGGCCCGUGACACCACAGCCAGUGUCCUAACUUGGAUCCUCAAGUACUUAGCUGAAAAUCCAAGUGUUCUACAAGCUGUUACUGAAGAACAAGAGGCCAUAAUGAGAGCAAAAGAGGAGCGUGGUGAAGAGAAGGUUCUAACUUGGGCAGAUACCAAGAAAAUGACAUUAACUUCAAGGGUGAUUCAAGAGACGCUCAGAGUAGCUUCAAUCUUAUCUUUUACUUUCAGAGAGGCAGUGGAAGAUGUUGAAUUUGAAGGGUAUCACAUACCCAAAGGGUGGAAAGUAUUGCCACUCUUUAGGAACAUUCACCAUAGCCCAGAUCAUUUUCCAGAGCCUGAGAAGUUUGAUCCCUCAAGAUUUGAGUUAGCUCCAAAACCCAAUACAUUCAUGCCAUUUGGCAAUGGGACCCACUCAUGUCCAGGGAAUGAGUUCGCAAAACUGGAGAUUUUGGUUCUGGUACAUCAUCUGACCACAAAGUACAGAUGGUCGAUGGUGGGCUCACAGAAUGGGAUUCAGUAUGGCCCUUUUGCUCUUCCCCAGAAUGGUUUGCCUAUCAGAUUAUCUCUCAAGGCAUAG